CUCUUAUUACAAAUGAACUAGUUAUUCUAGAUUCAAUCUAGAUCUAGAUCCUUAUCUAAAUUUAAUCUUGAAUUAAAUGGGGGAAAACAAUAGUUUUUUAUUCUUUGUUAAGAAAAUCCUUUAAAUUUUAAAUAAUUAAUAAGCAUAGAUCGUAGUCACAGUCGACACAGUCACUGAGUCAGUCACAGUGUGAGUGACUGACAGUGUGAGUGUACUGUCGUACUGACUCUCUUGUAAACUCUUGUUAGUAAAUGUUAGUCUUGUAGGUGAAGGAGCCACAGCUACUGACUAGACUACGACUACACUUCACUACUACAGUGACAGUGUCUACAGUAACUGUAACAGCUACACUCAGCUACAGCUAGCCUAGGGCUAGGGACCACUAGCCUGACUAGGGUAGAAGUAGAGUCACAGAGUGUCUAGAUCUAGUAGAUUCUACCAUAAUAUAGAUAAUAACCAUUCUAAGUUUCUGACUUUAAUUAGUUUAAUUAAAUUAAUAGAAAGAAUCUAGAUAGAUCUAUAAUAAAAUUAUAUUGAUAUAUUCUAUAAUAAUAAUCUAGAUCUAUAUCAUAUGUUACAAUAUGUAUGUAUAGAUUCUAGAAUCUAGAUGUAUAAUGUAUAGUUUUUGUAUACUUAAUUGACUUAAUCUAGAUCUAUAAAUUAAGUAUAAAAAAAUAAAAUUAUAUAUAAUCAAUUUCGAUGGCUGGAAAUUUCUGGGCAAGUUCUCACUACCAGCAAUGGAUACUUGACAGACAAGAUCUAUAUAGGGAAAGACAUAAUGACUUAACAGUUAUUACUGAAGAGGAAUAUCAAAAAAUUAUAAUGCUUUUUGCAAAUGUUAUACAAGCACUUGGAGAACAGCUGAAAUUUAGGCAGCAAGUUAUAGCUACAGCAACGAUUUAUUUCAAACGAUUUUAUGCAAGGAAUUCUUUAAAAUGUAUUGAUCCUUGGCUGAUGGCACCAACAUGUGCAUUUCUAGCAUCUAAAGUGGAGGAAUUUGGUGUCAUUUCCAACAGUCGACUAAUGACUGCUUGUCAAAGUAUAGUGAAAAAUAAAUUUGGCCAUGCAUUUAGUGGAGAAUAUCCUUACAGGACUCAGCAUGUUUUGGAAUGUGAAUUUUAUCUUCUUGAAAUGAUGGACUGUUGCCUAAUCAUGUACCACCCUUACAGACCGUUAGUCAAAUUCUGCGCCGAUCUCAAUGCUGAGGCAGAUCUACUCCCCGUUGCCUGGAAAAUGGUGAAUGACUCACUAAGAACUGAUGCCCCAUUACUGUAUCCUCCAUACCUUAUAGCUCUCGCAUGUCUCCAUCUUGCGGCCAUAGUGAAACAAAAAGAUAUCAAGGGUUGGUGUGCUGAACUCAAUGUGGAUAUAGACAAGUGCAUGGACGUCACAAAGAUGAUGGUCUCAUUAUAUGAAAUGUGGAAAACUUAUGAUGAGAAGAAAGAGAUUCAAGCAAUACUUGCUAAAAUGCCAAAGCCAAGUCUGUCAAGACCUCCAUCAGAAGCAACAAUACAAGACAACUCACAGCAGCAGCAACCUAACCAGCAACAGAUGUCUAGUGGUGUGUCUUAGCAAACUACCUGCAUAUCCAUAAUCUCAGCAUUCACAUCUUUCUAUUGAAUGUCCUAAACUUUAAAUUGAAAAAUUUAAACAUUAUCACACCAAUCUCAAAAGAAUCAAGAAGACACUGGUAUCUAACUUAAGUAGUAAUUAAGUAAUAGUUUAGAAGGUUAUAUGUCUGAUAUUUGUACUCAUGAUUUCAAGACUAUAAAGUUUAUGUAUUGUAUGUGUGUUUAUUGUAAAUAUAUAAACUU